GCUCGGCGGCGUUCGGUAGUGAAGUGGGGCGGAUGGACGGAAAAAAAGGCGGCGAUGGACGUUCCGCGACGAAAUCCUCGUUAACGAUGCCUUCCGACGAGCACCGGGACAUCGUGGCUUGCGGAGCCGUCACCUUAGGACACUGACAGCCCGUCGCAUAGGGAUGCUGUGCUUUCAAGUCCACAAACGACCCAUUCGCUGAGAUCCGACGAAAACCUGGGCAGCGAGGGGCGCCGGCGAGCACAACAAAAGGAUCAAGUGCAACAAGGGAGGAAGAAGUGUUCGUUACGUUUGGCCUCAGCUCAGUGGUGUCUGUCUCUGCACCAGUCGGUCAGGGAUGGUGAGACCAGUAACCUCUCUUCCCGACCUCCUCGCCUUUCCCCGAGUCUCCCACCAGCCCAACAGCCAGUCCAAAUCUGAUGCUCCGCCGAGCGGCCUGCGAUCAUCCAGCAAGCCGAUUACCUCAUGCCAUGACCGGUCUGUCUGACCUGCUUUCAGGAACUCACUAAUUCAUGCCCAGGAGUGUGAGUGGUGUGGAGAUGAGAAAAAGGCAGGCGGCGCACAUCGAGGUCCCACCCGAGGUCCCCGGACAGCCCCGACCCAACACCUGCUGCCUCUGCUGGUGCGGCUGCUGCAAAUGUCUCUGGAAUGAAGACAGGAUGGAGAGAAGUGAACGGCAGACAUGCACCAAGUUGGACAGUAUUGAAGCUGCAGAAGAACAGAACCCCAACCUGGACGAGGUGCUGUCGUGGGCACGGAGUUUCGAGAUGAUGCUGCGCUCGCUCGAAGGCCGGGAGAUCUUCCGGGAGUUCCUGAGAUCGGAGUACAGCGAGGACAACCUCCUUUUCUGGUUGGCCUGCGAAGAGCUGAAGAAAGAGACCGACCCCUCAGCCGUGGAAGAAAAGGCCAGGAUCAUAUACGAAGAUUACGUAUCCAUACUGUCACCUAAAGAGGUGAGUCUGGACUCACGGGUGCGAGAAGGCAUCAACCAGACCCUGGCCGAGCCCAGCAGCCUGAUGUACGAGGAGGCGCAGCUCCAAAUCUACACACUGAUGCACCGAGACUCCUUCCCCCGUUUCCUCAACUCCUCCGUUUACAGAGACCUCCUCGCCAGCAGGAGGCGCGCCUGCCUCGAUACCUAAAGACUUUCUCCCCAACCGUCCACAUUGGCUCUCCCUCGUCGCCGCUCGAGGCAACAAGACUACUACGUCAAAUACUACUAUGGUGCCAGAAAGUCCGCUUUCGGGGGAAACGAAACAAAUUUCUCCCUCUUUCUUGAUUGAAAAGAUCCGAGAUAGCUGGUUUGUUUUUACUUAUAGUUUUUUAAGCGGUUUCUAUCCGGCGGUCCACCUUGGCUGGUUGGUCCGUACAUAACCAAGCCACAACUGCUGGCUGGUGAGUUUUCGCCAGCAAUUUUGUGCCAGAGGGAGUAGUCGUCAUGGUCACUGUGGACUCCUCAGGACCAGGAAAAGACGGACAGACAGACAGACAGAAUGGACAUGCCAACUAUUCCUGUACUGUAAUAAUUAGACCUCACUUUAAUUCAUCUUUUAUUUUCAUAUCAUUCUAGUCCACACUCGAGCAGCACCACCUCAUAUGGAACUCUCACUCUCUCUGGAGUAGCUUGACAAAGUAAGCCCACGACUGCAAGUGUUUUUUGGGGGGGGGGGAAAUAAGGCUUUUCAUCUGACUCUGUCCUGCAGUGAAGGGAAAACAAUUUAAAGCUUAGUUGUUUGAAGGAAGAGGAAGCAGCGGAUGCGUCCACUCAUCUCGCCAUCUAUCCAUCCAUGCAUCCAUCCGUCCAUCCAAGCACUUUCCUUCUUUAAGUGGGAGAAGUAAGGGCUAGAAUUGUGGUUGGGCAGCUACGUGUACUAUUAUUAUUAACUCAUGAACUGUACCCCAAGAAGAAACACAAAGCCUUCACCUGUUAAAAAAAAAAAGGCAGCACAAGCGGCGUUGCUGGAUUUUUCGUUUUUCCGGGAAAAACAACCACAAGUAGUCCCAACGAUCCCCUUCUUCUUCUUCUUCUUCUUCUUCCCACUCCUGACACGCAAGCCAACCUGACAAGCACAGGUGAGGGGAAACACACUUUUUUAAGUUGCUUCAAGGUGCCCUGGCCUUUGUCUGUAAGGCUUUAUUGUUGUAUGAUUAUAUUUACCAAUCUAUGAUUAGCUGCUGUUAAGGUGAUAGCUAAAGCGGGUGCCAAACACGAUGUCAACGACGCUUGGAUGAGGAGUCACGGGGGGGGGGUCGUCCAGCCAGCACAUUUUAGUUAGCGACUUUUCGUUUCAACGACAAUGCUAACAAAGACAUGUUUGAGUCGGCCGUGCGACACGCUCGCUUCCCUUUUUUUUUUUUUUGGGUGGAAGUUUCUGUGUGUGGCUAGCAUCUGUGCUAACGCUGCGUCGCACUGCCAGCCCCCCUCACACACACACACACACACACACACACACACAACACUGGUUUACUUUUCUACACGUGACUUUGACCGCAUGCAACGAUAACGUGUCUGUAGACGCUUUACAGAAACAUUUUUUUAAACGGCAGGGCGGCGUGUUGCCAAAUGUCCCGCUAAGAUGUUUUAAUGACGUGAACAUUUAGACCUGUGGAUACGCAGUAGAAACGUGCAUGACUGAAGUAUCGACGAUAUUUUUGUUGAAUUAACCUGACUUGAUGUUGGCUCCGGAGGCCCCCUUUUUUUCUGGAACAAAGGUGGGAAGUGCGCCUGUGGCAAGACGGGGGUGCGACUUUUAACACCCCCGAUACUCAUUGUCACCUGCCGUGUGUUGAAAGCGAUUGUCACAUUUUAUACGUCGCAGGCGCAUCUAAUUAUUCGACUGCACGGUGUCGCUAUAUGAAAGCGCAACAUCCGCGAAUAAACGCCAAAUGUAUUUUUUGUUCCGGCUCUGCUGCUGCAUUGUUAACUAAAACGUACGAUAGGAUGCCAUCUUUUACUUAAACUACCUGAUGUUAAUGUAAAAACUUCGGUAGUUUCUUUUAUUUAAAGAGCAGGCUAGCAAACGUGCCAUUAGAUGUGCUAAUGUUGUAAAAUUAGGGAUGGGCACUAAAUUUCAGAUUUUGAUGGAAUUGCAGAAUCUUGUGCUUGAAUGUUCUGAACUAGCUUAACUUUUCAUAAGCUGAAGUAUUGCUGUGUUUCUCUAGACCCUAAAGUAAUUUAAGCUGAAUCAACAGCGCCUCUGCGGGCUGAUGGCGGUACUGCACUCCAAAAGUGCCACCCUAACAAGCAAUUAAUUUUUUUUUUUUUUUGCCCAUCCCUUCUCAAAGUAUAUGACUGUAUGAACUCCAUUCACAUGCUAAAAUGAGCGCACACACUUGAGGUUAAUGUAUCAAUCAAUGGAGUCAAUAGAAACAUUGUUUUCUAAGAAAAGCUUUUUAUUCCGAGUAAGAAAAAAAAGGCCUCCUCAUGGCUAACUAGAACAUAUUUAACCUUUGGCAAUACAGUAAAAAAAAAAAACAUGCAGACGGCCCACAUUCACCACAGAUAGCGCUUAGCUGUGCAUGCAUGUGCCCACUUGGUGGUGAUGAUAAUUAUGAAAUUAUUAUAAAUAAGAACCGAUUUCCUCCAUUUUUAGAUCACCGGGUUUUCCAUCCGAGUGUAACGAUAACAAACGAGAAUGUUUUAAUUCACCACGAAGCAGAAAUACAAUGGUGCAAUUCAACCAAGUUUACAUUUCUAAUAAACGACGUGCCGUGUUUGUUUGUUUAUUUGUUUGUUUGUUAGUACGGCGCUCAUUGUAAGCAUUUGGGAGGAGACCAGCCGGUAAGGUUAGGUAAGAGUGUCUGGCGUAAUUUAUUGUGUAUAACCGCAGCAGUGACCAUGUGACGUCAUCGCUCGGCUUCUUCGAGUUUUUUUUUUUUUCAAACGUGGCUGUGAUUUUUGUAUUUUUUUUUUUUUUUUUAUUAGCAGAAAAACAGCUGACGGGAUGGAGGAGGCCUUACCGAUACAUUUCUUCUUAUUUUAUGUUCCUUUUUUAUGUAGACAAUAAUAAGUAGGCUUUUCACUACCUCUCAUGUUGGUUAAUUUAUGUCACAUCUAGUUUUGUUUUGUUUGUUUUUUUAGAUCUACUUGAAGCCUAACACUGUAAAAAAAAAAAAAAAAAAAACUACAAAAUGUGCACAGAGAAAAUGUAUAUGACCACAGGUGGGGGGGUGUAUUUAAAAGAGAGCUUAGCCUAAAUAUCAUAUUUAAUUUUUUUUUUGUUUAUUUGUAUGUUUUGUGUUGAGCUGAACUAGACUUUUGCAUCUCUAUAAAUAAUAAUUCAGGAAACCACUGUCUAUAAGGGCUAAUCCCAUUUUUGCCUAUGCAAAUAUGUUACUGUGGUGGAUUUUUGGUUGGGGAGGGGGGUAAGUGAGGGCGGGGGGGUCGUCGGAAAAUGGGGCGAGGUACCAGCCGCCCUCUUUAAAUGGACUAUGGUUUACAUUGCCCUUUGCUGAUAUUCUUCAAUCUUUACUCAGCAAAAAUGUACGCUUAUUUUUGUUUCUAUAUUAAAUAUGACAUAUAUAUAUAUGAAUAUAUCUUUAUAAAACAAGUACUAUACAGAGAAAAUAGUAUAAUAUGCCUUCGUGAUGAUAUAUAAGGAAAAAAACAAAUAAAUGUGUUUGUUGUCUGACAUUAUGUGGCUGGCGUCUUGCUAAGAUGAGCAGAUGGGGCGGGUGGGGUGGGGGCCGGACAGUAGCUAGCUAGCGAAACCCUGUGCGCUGUUUACAAACACUUUAUUGGUUUCCCCCAUCCCCAGAUCAUGUAUUCAGUCCAUUUUAGAAUUCCACCUUUUUGUUAUUUAUUUUAUUUUUUUGAGGUUUCGAAGGGCUGAGUGGAAUACAAAUGUGCUAACAACACGGGCUAGCUUGUGAAAUCAACUUCCUGUCCUUGUCAGUUUUAUUUCCUCACUGCAAACAAAAGUAAAUGUAGGGCCUGUUUACAUGAGAACCAUGUAGCAAAAAAAAAUGCUGGGUGUUUUUAAAUGCUCUUCUCUGUGUAUAUUGGUUGAAAAUAUGUGUCAUGGAAGUAAUAUUUCUCUGUAAAUGUACUUUUUAUAUAUACAUACCCAUAUAUCCAUAUUUACAUUGGCACAUGUUUUACGUUAUAUAAAAAUAUUAUCAUCUGAAAUUUGCGAUAUUCCAAAUUCGUAAGUAGCCAACAGAAGAGGUGUGGACUCGGUUCAGACUCCCUUCAAAAUUUUGAUAACUUUCGACUCAAAUUGACAAUAUCACCAAAGACUCGACUUGGACUUUGACAUCACUGACUUAGGACUUGACUCGGGAUUUAGUCUGAUGACUUGAAAAUAUUAAGGAUUUUGAGUGACUGAUUUUCAAAGUAUUCAACUGAUGUGAUCCAGCAAGACAACAUGUUUUCCCCGUUGAAUCUUCCGCAUUGAAUGCAUUUAACAUAAAUUCUAAACGCUAUGUUACGAAUUGUAAGGUCUUGAAAAUUUCAAGACCAGGACUUGACUCGUGACUUGAUGUGGAACACUGACUUGCUCCCACCUCUGGCAAGCAGUCACGGGCGGUGAUGUGAAUAGGCUUCUUUUGUUUUAAUUAGGGAUGUUUGAUAAUAUUCGGCCUGAUAUUAGCAUCAAAAUGUUUUUUCCCCGAUCAUGAAAAACAAUAUUUUGCUGUAUACAAUACAUAUGUGUUCAUUCCACCGCAGGACAUAUGUCAUGUUACAUAUAUCGGAAUCGGAAACCAAAGCACAUGGCUUAACGUUCCGCAUUUAGAUGCUUUGAGCUAUUAAAAAUAGCUACCAAAAUUUUCUUAGUUUACUUUUACAAUUUUGAUAAACAACCUUGAAUUUGUGACAUUCAAGAGUCUUUGUCAACGGUUUGUUUGAUUAUUCCGAUAAAUAACUAAACUAAAGAACUUUUAAAAGUGACAAAUAACUUUAAUAACAAUAACAAAUAACAAUUUUGUGUAAACAGCCCCUGAAUUUUUGACAUUCAAAACUGUUAUGUCGCCAACAUGCCCUCCUUACAGUCAUGCCCGAGCGUCAACAAUCGUAAACAGGCUUCUUUUGUUUUUAUUUUUUUUGACAAAAGGAAAACAUGUCACCUAACAUUCUUCACUUGGCUAGUUUGAGACACUUUUUUAUGUAAACAGCCCCUAAAUUUCCGACAUGUGAAAUUCUUAUGUAGCCAACAUGCACUCCCAGUAGUCAACGUGUUUAAGCUAGCUUGUCAAUGGUAAAAAUUAUGUUUUUACUUUAUUAUUCUGAUAAACGAAAAAUGAAAACACAGCGUCACUUAACAUUCUUCACUUAGCUAGUUUGAGACACUUUUUUGGAAACGAUCUUAUGUAAACAGCCCCUAAAUUUCCGACAUGUGAAAUUCUUAUGUAGCCAACAUGCCCUCCCAGUAGUCAACGUGUCUAAGCUAGCUUGUCAAUGGUAAAAAGUAUGUUUUUACUUUAUUAUUCUGAUAAACAAAAAUGAAAACACAGCGUCACUUAACAUUCUUCACUUAGCUAUAGAUUAUGCCACUUUUAAAAGCUGCCGUGUAAAAACAAGCUCUUAUGUAAACAGCACCAAAAUUUCCAACUAAAUAAACUAAAAAAAACACAACGUCAAUUAGCGUUCCUCGCUUAGCUAGUGCCACUUUUUUUUUCCAAAUGUUUGUAAUGUUACUCGGUUUAAGUGUCAGUGGUUCCGUGGUGGAGGUUUUUAGCGGCUAGCUUGAGACUCAACGUUGGUAUUCUGGUGCCUAUUUUAUUUCUUUAUUUCACAGAGACCUCAAGAUCCCCUCGCUUUUAUUUUCUCGAGCGCUCUCGGUGACGUGAGCCGUGCAAUACCGCCCAUCCGCAGGCAGGGCGGCGACAUUUCGCUCGUCGUUUUUUGAGAGACUCCCCACUCGGUGUGACAAACGGACUUUAGGCGAUCACUUUUCUCUUUAUUGAUUUCGAUGCCUAAUCGUCUCGAUUUGUCGAUAUAACGGAGGUAUAAAA